AGUACAGUACAUACAGUCUGACAAACCCUAACCCCUCGGGCCGAAAUCCCCUGGCCCUGGCUCAAGGAGAGCAAUGGCGUGGAGCAGGACAGCACACCGGCGCAGCGCCGUCAUGCCACUCUUACGCGCCGCGCUGCGCCGCUUCCUCUCCACGGAGUCUUCGGGGUUCCCGAAGCUACGGAACCUUCCGUACCGACUCCGCCGCGCCGCCGUCCCCGCUGCGCGCACCGCCGUCUCCGACUACCUCAUCUCAACGCGCUGCCUCCCCUCCUCCCACGCCGACUCAAUCACUGCGCUUGCGCCGUGCUCCCUCCACACCUUCCUCGCCGGCAUCCCAGCCGUGCCCAGUACGCUCCCCUCCUCCGACCUCCCCUCCCUCCUCCGCCGCCACCUCUCCUACCAUCCGCUCAACGAGCUUCCCUUCUUCCUCGAGUCCAUCGGCUUGCCCCCUUCCACCGAUUCCGAUCUCAUGUUCCUCACCGACCAUCCGUCCCUCCUCCCCACCGUUGCCGCGCUCGCGCAUUUCGGCUUCCCGUGGUCCCGUCUUGGCCUGCUAUUCCCCAAUGUCCUCCUCCAAGUCCCUCCCGACCUCAUCUCCGCCCGCCUUGUCGCCCUCGAGGAAAGCCUCCGUCCGCUGCCGCGUGCUGCGAUUAUCGCUGCCUGCCUCUCUUUCCCCUUGCUUAUUGAGAACGAUCUCUCCAGCAGUGCCCCCCUUGUCGAUGAUCUUAUGAGGGCGUAUGGAGGAUUGGGUCCGGAUUUGGGGGCUAGCAAUGACAUUGAUGUGUUCUUGCGAGUGUGCGGCAGGAUGCAGAUGUUCUACGAUGCUGGGAUGAAGGUUGGGAGCAUCGGGGGGCUUGUUGGGUGCAAUCAGAGGGUUUUUCUUGAGCUUAAGGAGGAGCGGAUUGGUGAGAGGUUGAAAUUCUUCAAGAGGCUGGGGCUGCCAGGGGAGGAGGCAGGGAGCUUCUUACUGAGCAAUCCUGGGGUUUUGGAUCUUGAUUUUGAUGAUGUGGUGAUCUCAGUGCCAGAGUACCUGAGGAGAGUUGGGUUGGCAAAUGACGAGGUUGAUGUGGCGGUGAAGAAGCACCCGUAUGUGGUUGGGAGGAACAGAUUGGAGAACCUCCCUGGUGUGCUGCGUGCAAUGGGACUGAGUCAUCGAUUCCUGGAGAAGAUUUCUGGUGGCGGUGAGAGCUUGCGGUAUUUAUCACCAGAUUUCGUCUUGGAGGAUGCUAGUUAUGAUAUGGAGGUGGAGAGAGCAUUCUCAGACAGAAUGGUUAAGGUGAAGGUGGAGAUGAAUGCACAGCAUGUGGACACCAAGCUUGAGUUCUUGAAGAGCAUUGGGUAUGGUGAGAACAAAAAAACCGCACACAUACUUCCUGUUCUGCACAGCACUCGGGAAAUGCUGAAUGAGCGAUUUGACUACCUCCUGGAAAGAGGGGUGGAGUACAAGAUGCUGUGUCGGAUCGUGAGUGUGUUCCCAAAGGUGCUGAACCAGGGCAAGGAGAUGCUCAAUGAAAAGUUGAACUACAUGACUCUGGAUCUGGGAUACUCUUUGGAGUAUCUUGAUUGCUUCCCAGCAUUACUGUGCUUUGAUUUGGAGAACCGGGUCAAGCCUAGGUAUGCAAUGCUUCGGUGGCUCCAAAGUUAUGGUCUUUUUAAAAGACCAUUAGCGCCUGCAACUGUGCUUGCUAACUCAGAGAAGAGGUUCAUUUCCAACCUCUACAAUAUGCAUCCCGCAGCGCCGAAGCUGUGGCUUGAGUGCUUCUCUUCAAGAAUACACAUGGAAUAUUACCUCAAGAAUAUACAGUCCCAGCAUCCAGAUAAUGAAUAAUUAGCUAUUGAAUUAUAUUGGCAUGAUUAUCAGAGCCGGAGGUACAGAGGAUUGUCAUCUCCAAUUGUGGCAUGCUUUCCCUCAGAAGGAUUAUGGCCAAUCGUUAUCUAUCUAUGAUACAAGAUAGAGUCAAAAGGGAAAACAUGGUAUUCUCUGAUACAAGUUCAUGGCACCUUGGAUUGGAUCCAUAUGGUGCAUACCAGGAACAAAAAUUUCUUAUGGUCCAAAGAUUCGAGUGGAGGUAUAAAUAGGUAUUUAUCUGCAGAGGUGUGUUUACGUAAUUAGUUCGGUAUGUACCUUUCUAUUUCAUAUCCCACACAUCUGUUAACACCUUAUAUGGUUCCAUUCUGUAGGUUGCACUAUCCACUCUUUGAGUGAUUGCAGGUAAUCUACAAUAUUCAUAAAGCUUAAUCGGAAACCAUAGGUGUGAGGGUUACCUUUCAAAUACAUAUUGUGAUCGUUGAAAACUCUCCGUGUAGACUUGGUACUGUUCGCUCUGGUGUUCCAUGGCAGUGUGCAACAUCUAUUGGAUGAUACAAAUGUGUGUUCCCUGCUCUCUUUUUUUGGCAGAAUGUUCUGUUAAGUUUUGAAUAAUAAUAUCCUAAAUAAUUUGGAUAAAAGAUAGUUUGAUGCGUGCAUGUGUAAUAAAUCCAUAUAUUGUUUUGAGAAAUGUUUAAAUCAAUUUAUGCUGCAUUGUUGCCAUCUAAUUUUUAAAUCCUUGGUUUUUUAGCCAGAAGGGGGGCAUGGGCGCAGCGGUAAAGCUGUUGCCUCUUGCAGGUUCGAGUCCUGGAAACAGCCUCUUGCAUAAAUGUAGGGAAAGGCUGUGUAAAAAAGACCCAAAGUGGCCAGACCCUGCGCAAGCGGGAGCUACUCAGCUACGUGCUCCGGGCUGCCCCGUUUUUUUAGUUUUUAGCCAAAACUGUAGAAAUUUCUCUUGCUAUAUUUUCAUUGUGUUGUUUCUAUUACUUAUGUUUAUAUUCUCUUGCUAUCCUGCAUUUCUAAUAUCCAGAUUGACAAUCACUAAAAUUUGUACAGAGAGUAAAAGUAGCUAUACACACUUAGGUCUUACUCUGCAAGUAACCGAACAAAUGAGCAGUUGAUUUCUUAACUGAAGAAAUCACUAUUACCAUUUUAAAUGCUUACCGUUUUCUUCCCUUGGUGGUGCUUACGAAACGGUAACAGCAAAAACCAAGUGACAUGAGGCAGAAAGAAGAAGACAUUCCUGCAUCAGGUUGAGCAUUACAAAUCCCUGCUAUCUGAAUGUGAAGUCAAGACAAAGUCCAAGGUGGAGGAGCUGCAAAAAAAUAACAUCCUGCAGGUGACAAAAAAAGGCGAUAUUUCCUUGCAAUUCCUCCUUUCAAGCUAAAGAGUGCACUUUCUUAGGCUGUCAUUAGUUUUCACCGGGUCAUACUUACUCCAUGACACCAGGCCAUGGUCUUAUCAAAAUGAGGAGUGUGAAAGAAUUCUUAGGCCAGAGUUGUUGUAAGAGAUCAGUGUUCACGUCCCCGCUUCGACCUUUAGGACUGGUAAUUUGGCAAGAUCUAGAAUCGGGGUUUACUACUUGAAAGUCCAUGGAUUUCGACCACAAUGCCGCCGCCGCCGCCGCCGACGGGCUUCCGUUCUCCAGCAAGAACACCUACCAUCUCCUCAUCGGACAGCCCAACCACGACAUUAGCACCCAUCUCAUUUUGGCAACCCGUGUCCCCAUCAAGGUGCAGGUCUUCGCCUGGCUACUCUUCAAGGACCACCUCAACUCCAAGGUGACCUCUUCCACAAGACCAUCGCCCCUGACACCAUUUGCACCGGGUGUGGUGUAUGGUUGUGUCGUUUUCCAUGAGAUGGAAUCCUUGUGUUGGCUGAGCUUAACUUCCUGAAGGGCGAUCCAUAGAUGGUGGAUUUGCAGCUGAGUUGCAAGGUGACCCUGUGCAUAACUUGCAUCAAUGCUCCGUUCAGGUGCCCUCUGAAACCAGCAACGUCUUCCCGCGACUCAGCUUUAAAAAAAAAUGAAGGCACAAUCUCCAUUGGGGCUUUGCCAUGCAGCCAUCUAGAGAUCUAGAAGCUCGUCUUCUUUUCAUUCCGAGAUGUAUGUUUGGUGCAAGCAUCAAAGAGACAUUGAUCUGUGAUGUCGCCAGGGAUAGCAGCGUCAUGCCAUGGCUUGGCUUGGAAUGAUCUGUCCAACUGAACAAGUGCCAACGCAGUGGCAAAGCCUUGCUAAAUUUGUGGAGAUCCAGAACACCUAGCGCUGAAGCUUGACCUACUACUUGUAUGAUGAUGCGGGGUGCAUAUAUUUUAGUUGGGCGACAUGGAGGAGUUUGAUUAUACAUUGCCUAUUUGACUGGUGGUACUAGUGCAUUGAAGAACUAGUUCACACACUAUUGUUCUACAAUCAAGUAAAUCAAAAGUAUGCAGUAUUGUAUUUCUGGGGGAGCAAUUGAGCAUCAGUCUCUGCAGGAACGUCAGGGUACAAGGAUGGAUGGGAUCGGAGGAUAAUUGGUGCCACAGCUUUAAAAAACACCGACCUCGGAGACAAUAAAGUUGAGAGGGAUACAUCAGGGCAAUACAUUUCUGUAUCUGGGUAUAAUGAGAUGCAAAGUACCCUUGAGUCUUGUCCACUCUCCUAAAUGAAACUGGAGAUGUGUGAUAUAGGACCGAGCACACUUGGGGCUACAUCCAUUCCUGAGGCCUUGUUUGGUGGAGGAGGUUUGGAGAGGAAUAUCCUCACAGGGUUCAAAAUCCUCAGAAAUCCUUGUCAGCCCAUUUGACACUUAGGGAUUGAGCAGGCCAAUCCUCUCCGUUCCCCAUGAAUCCCUCUCAAUCCAUGUGGUACAGAAAACCCCCCAAGACACCCAUGGAACUGGACGCUUGCUUUGCUGCUGCUGUUGUAGGAGGUUUAACCAGAUACAGGAGUUUAUAUAGAGGAGUUUAUGAGAGGGGAGGGAUUAGUGGGGAAUUGAGAGGAUUGGAUGGAAGAGAAAGAUGAACCAAAUCCCCUUAGAUCCCUCUCCACUCCGGGGCUGCAAAACCUGCCUGUCAAACGAGGCCUGAAGGUCUGACAGAGGAAAUGUGUGGUGGCAACAUGAGAGUUUGAAGCACAUGAAAAUGAUGUGUGCUUGACUUGGGAUUAUCAGGCUUAACGAAAAAUCAAGGCAGAAGCAACUUUCUACCGCAACAUUUUUUAGGAACAUAGGUGUACUACAGAUUUCUAGGCUUCGGUACCUGAUGUAAAUGUUGGAAAUAUUAGCACUUUUCCGAUUAGAUUUAUCCACAAGUAAACAG